GGCUCAGCUGCUGGGUCACCAGGAGAAUGGACCCUUCCUCCACCUCAGCUCAGAGCACAGUGAUGAUUCGUGACUUUCUUUCCCAAUAGAACUUCAAAUCUCUGAAGACGGGGGGUGGGGGGAUGGGGGGAUGUGCUUGAGUGUUUGUACUCAUAGUCUUGUUCUAGGAAUGACAAAGCUGGAACACAAUACCUCUAUGCAUGAAAAGGCUGUCACUUGUCACAACUAACAGGCUUUCACCUCACGGAAAUUUUCUUCCCUUGUGCACUUUUCCCCUGGCAGUGGACAUGGCUGCACUCUUCCAAGAAGCAAGCAGCUGUCCGGUCUGCUCACACUAUCUAGAGAAACCAAUGUCCCUGGAGUGUGGAUGCGCCGUCUGCCUCAAGUGCAUCAAUUCACUGCAGAAGGAGCCCCACGGGCAGGAUCUACUUUGCUGUUGCUGUUCCAUGGUCUCUCAGAGGAACAAAAUCAGGCCCAAUCGGCACCUAGAGAGGCUGGUUUCCCACAUCAAGGAACUGGAGCCCAAGCUGAAGAAGAUUCUACAGAUGAACCCAAGGAUGCGGAAGUUCCAAGUGGAUAUGACCUUGGAUGCUGACACAGCCAACAACUUCCUCCUCAUUUCUGAUGACCUCAGGAGCGUCCAAAGUGGGCGCAUCAGACAGAAUCGGCAAGACCUUGCCGAGAGAUUUGACUUUUCCAUUUGUGUCCUGGGCUCCCCUCGCUUUACCUGUGGCCGCCACUACUGGGAGGUGGACGUGGGAACAAGCACAGAAUGGGACCUGGGAGUCUGCAGAGAAUCUGUUCACCGCAAAGGGAGGAUCCAGCUGACCACAGAGCGUGGAUUCUGGACUGUGAGUCUGAGGGAUGGAAGCCGCCUCUCUGCCAGCACGGUGCCCCUGACUUUCCUCUUCGUGGACCGCAAGUUACAGCGAGUGGGGAUUUUUCUGGACAUGGGCAUGCAGAACGUUUCUUUUUUUGAUGCUGAAGGUGGUUCCCAUGUCUAUACAUUCAGGAGCGUCUCUGCUGAGGAGCCACUGCGCCCAUUUUUGGCUCCUUCAAUUCCACCUAAUGGUGAUCAGGGUGUCUUGAGCAUCUGUCCUGUGAUGAACUCAGGCACUACUGAUGCUCCAAUCCAUCCUGGGGAGGCCAAACAAACCCCCACUGCAAAAAAACAAAAAAUAGGGUAA